GAAGCUGAACUCAUCUUUGAUGCACUGUAGUUGGUUUAUAUUUACACUGUAAAUUGUGCGGUUGUUUUAUAAGAAACAGAGACAUGUCGCAAAGGACAUACAACCAGCUGUGGGCAGAUGCUCAGUUAGAGUUGAGCCGUCUGCUCACUGAGGAACUACCUGCUGAGCCCCGCCGCCCAGAAAAGGACCGGGUAGUGUUCUUCCAGCGUCUGGCCAUGCUUUAUGUGCGCUACAUCCAAAUCUUCAGACAGCUUGAGGAGGUCUAUGACCAAGUGGUGCACCCUCAAAAGAGAAAAGUUAUUCGGGCAACUCUCGAAGGUGUGAUUGGGAGGGUGUUGGAGCUGAAGAAUGAAAUGGUGGAAAAGGAGUUUUCAGAAUACCACUACAUGGAUGAUGUCCUUCACGAUUUUAAGCUUACACCUGCAGACCUUGAGAUCCCUAUCCCUCGCUAUUUCAAAGAACUACAAGAACGAAAGACGAUGCUGACAGAAAUCCUUAAAAUGGUGGAGGUUACUGAAAGCCCAGAACCUCUAACGAAGGACAUGAGUCAAGAGGAGGCCAUUAAGGUCAUUCAAGUGGCGGAGAGGGCCCGUCAAGGACGCCUGAGGGCCAAGUUGAAUCAAGAAAGCAGAAACAUGAACAGGAUGUACAGCACCAAGGACCCUGGAGCAGCUGCCAUUGAGUUGGCCGCAGUCUGCAUUCAGAAGGUGUGGAGGGGCUACAUACAGAGGAAGAGGGUCAAAAUUGCUCGGGAAGAAGAAAUGAUCUUUCUGGGAAUGGUCAUGGAUCCAAAAUACCAGGUGCCAUGCCCUGCAGUAAUCACUGCCCAGGCUAGUGAAGCUUGCACACGGAUUAAACGGGAGGACCGCAACGCAGAUUAUCAGAAGUCUGCAGUGGCCGUCACAAACCAACUACAAGAUGUAGAGGGUCUUGACAUGAGCAAGUCCAUGAAAGACCAAAUCCGACAGUGGUUCAUUGAAUGCCGUGAUGCAACGGGAUCGUUUCCAGACUACCCAGAUGACGAGGACGGAGGCUCAGCCCUCCUUUUCACCGAAAAGACGCCUACGCAGUUAUUGGAAGAAAUUGCUGCAAAGGAAGAGGAGGAAGCCAGCAACAAAUCAAAAGGAAAGGACAAGAAGAAGGAGAAGGGGAAAAAGGACAAGAAGAAGGAAAAUGAGGAAGAAGAAGAAGCAGGAUUGAAGAUGCUACCUUCAGCCUUUCUGUCACACUUGGAAGUGGAAAACAAAACCUUUGUUGAUUUUUGGAAAACCCGCAAUGAGUCCAGAAACUUCAACCAAAGGCACGAGGUGGAGCUGAUAAAGGAAGAAAAGAGGAAAGUCAUUGAGGCAAAGAUUCGAGUACAGGUAGAUGAGCAGAUGAGACAAGAGCUGGCUGAACUGAAGCUAGCUGUGGAUAAAGAAAAGGGCGGUAAAACCAAAGCAAAUGCCAAGAAAAAGAAAGGAUCUAAGAGUGGGAAGAAGAAAAAAAAGGAGAAAGAUUUGACAGCUGAUAGGACUCUUGAGUCUCUGUGUCAGGAGCUGGUGGAACAGGGCUUGUUGAAACUAGCAAAUAAUGUUAGGCUGCAGGAUUACCUGGGCGACUAUAACUACCUUGGGACCACACUGAGGCAAAACGACAUUGAGCCCAUGCCGUCAUUGUGGGACGUGCGGCAGGUCUUAACUCUGUAUGCAAUUUUACCAUUAGGCUCUCAGCCGGUACAUGAGAAGGCAACUCUGAUAAAGGCCAUCCUACUGGCAGGGCCUGCAGGUGUAGGCAAGAAGAUGUUGGUCCAUGCAAUCUGCCAGGAGACAGGUGCCAACCUGUUUGAUCUGUCUCCUCUGAACACGGCAGGAAAGUACCCAGGCAAGAGUGGCCUCGCCAUGAUGCUCCACAUGGUGUUUAAGGUUGCAAGAUUACUUCAACCUUCAGUAAUAUGGAUUGGAGACGCUGAAAAAAUGUUCUACAAGAAAGUUCCCAAGGAAGUAAAAGAGUUAGAUCCCAAACGCUUGAAGAAAGACUUGCCCAAGUCUCUCAAGUUGAUCAAAGGGGAGGAUCGUGUUCUGAUAGUAGGAACAACUAAAGACCCACUAAGUGCUGACAUCAAGGCACUGUGUAAAAUGUACAGCAAAAUCCUCCUCAUCCCAAGACCGGCCUACGGCUCAAGAUACAUCUUGUGGAAGCAACUGAUCAGAAAGCAGGGAGGUGAUGUAACCAGCGCGCUGGACCUCAGCUCUCUCACGAAGAUCUCUGAUGGCUACACACCAGGUCACAUGGUCCGGGUGAUCCGGAGCAUUGUCACCAAGCGUCGCAUCCUACAGCAGGCAAACAGACCACUGACUGCUGCUGAGUUCAUUGCUCCAUUAGCGAAGAUUUACCCCGUGUUCCAGACAGAAGAAGAUGCCCUUAAAAACUGGUACGCAAAGACCCCCCUGGGAAAGAAGAGGACUAAAGCUGCAGCAGAAAAGGAAGAACAGGCACCAGUUAAAAGCAAAGAUGCAAAGAAGAAAGCAAAAAAAUAAGUUUGUAAUCAUAUUUUUUUUUUUAUCACAAGUUGAAUGCAGUUAUACAUUUAUUGAAGCUUGUAUGUGAAUUGCCAUCUGAUGGCUGUCCAAUUUACUCCCUACAAGAUAAAUCAAAUUAAAAGCAGUCCAUUUGUGUUUGUUGUGUGUUUUCAAUACUGCCGUUGGAGGAUGCAACAGAAAUGGUGAGCAAUGAAAUGCUUACACUAGUGUCUGGUGUUAGAAAUACAAUGUUGAAAUCUUCUUGGACCUGUUACUUAGUUGAAGAAGACAAAAUACCACAGCUUACAUACUUCACAUAGGACUUUGCGCAGUCUAUAAGGAACGGCGCUAACUCCUGUCUUGUGACCAUCCUAUGAAGAAGUAUUCUGAGUAAGAGGCAAUAACAAUUUUGUCCAAAGAUAGAACAUAAUUGGUCACUCCAUUUCUGCUGUUAGCGAUAAUCAAAU